CAGCGUCCCCGGCGGGGCCCGCCCGCUGCCAUUGAGCGCGGGGGCGGCGCCGCGCGCGGACCGGGGCCAGUGCAUGUUACCAUGGCGAUGACUGCAGGGACCACAACAUCCUUUCCCAUGAGCAACCACACCCGGGAGAGAGUCACUGUGGCCAAACUCACCCUGGAGAACUUCUACAGCAACCUCAUCAUCCAGCACGAGGAGAGGGAGACCAGGCAGAAGAAGCUGGAAGUGGCUAUGGAAGAGGAAGGCCUUGCAGAUGAGGAGAAAAAGCUGCGCAGGUCCCAGCACGCCCGCAAGGAAACCGAGUUCCUGAGGCUGAAGAGGACCAGACUCGGCCUGGAUGACUUUGAGUCCCUGAAAGUCAUAGGAAGAGGAGCGUUUGGGGAGGUACGCCUGGUUCAGAAGAAGGACACGGGGCAUAUUUAUGCAAUGAAGAUCCUAAGAAAGGCAGAUAUGCUGGAGAAGGAGCAGGUGGCCCACAUCCGAGCAGAAAGAGAUAUUUUGGUUGAAGCAGAUGGAGCCUGGGUAGUGAAAAUGUUCUACAGCUUUCAGGAUAAAAGGAAUCUUUACCUGAUCAUGGAGUUCUUGCCUGGAGGUGACAUGAUGACCUUGCUGAUGAAGAAGGACACCUUGUCAGAGGAGGAGACGCAGUUCUACAUCUCUGAGACCGUGCUGGCCAUAGAUGCCAUUCACCAGCUGGGAUUUAUCCACAGGGAUAUUAAGCCAGACAACCUUCUGCUGGAUGCCAAGGGUCAUGUAAAGCUGUCUGAUUUUGGGCUCUGCACAGGCCUAAAGAAAGCUCACAGGACAGAGUUCUACAGGAACCUUACACACAACCCACCAAGUGACUUCUCAUUUCAGAAUAUGAACUCCAAGAGGAAAGCAGAAACAUGGAAGAAGAACAGGCGACAGCUGGCCUAUUCCACUGUUGGAACCCCAGACUACAUUGCACCAGAGGUGUUCAUGCAGACUGGCUACAACAAGCUGUGUGACUGGUGGUCUCUGGGAGUGAUCAUGUAUGAAAUGCUAAUAGGGUAUCCACCUUUCUGCUCAGAAACCCCUCAGGAGACUUACAGGAAAGUCAUGAACUGGAAGGAGACGUUGGUAUUUCCUCCAGAGGUGCCCAUUUCUGACAAAGCCAAGGAUUUAAUCCUGAGGUUUUGUACCGACUCGGAAAACAGAAUUGGGAGCAACGGAGUAGAGGAAAUAAAAAGUCAUCCCUUUUUUGAAGGAGUAGACUGGGGACAUAUCAGGGAAAGGCCAGCUGCAAUCCCCAUAGAAAUCAAAAGCAUUGAUGACACUUCCAACUUCGAUGAAUUCCCCGAGUCCGAUAUUUUACAGCCAGUGCCAAACACGACGGAGCCUGACUACAAAUCCAAAGACUGGGUUUUCCUCAACUACACCUACAAGAGGUUUGAAGGGCUCACUCAGCGUGGCUCCAUCCCUUCCUACAUGAAAGCUGGGAAGUUGUGAGGCAGGACCCGAAAGCCCCAGAGGGAACUGAAACCACAAACCUCAGGUAGUGCAUCACCAGACCCGCUUGGCGUUGUUAGCAGCACAUUGACUCUGGUGCGCAUCGACUUCACACGGAAAUCCUACAGGACUAGGGUUUCUGAGACUACUACAGGAAUUAGUUGGCAGUGCCAGCUGGCUUGGGUUUUGUUUUGUUUUCUUUUUUUGUUUGUUUUCUUUCUUUUUUUUUUAAAUAUUUGAAUAUUUUUGUUAACUUUAUUAUACAAAAGGUACUGGAAUAAAAGGAACGUGCAUCCCUUUUUCCUGCACUGCCUAUGUGUGGAUAACGGUUAAUCCUGCCUCUCUCUCUGUACUGUGGCUUUGUUUGUACUGUAAACCAUCUAAUGCACCCCAGGAGGGCAAACAUAUCAUUUGGUGCAGCGUUGUUGUUGGCCUGCUCACUUGCUGGGCUUUAGAUAUGCAGUAU